AUGUUUACCCAAAGCACAAGCCCUACCCCCUGCUCCAUCCCUGUCCCCAUCCAGGCCCUACCCCCUGCUCCAUCCCUGUCCCCAUCCAGGCCCUACCCCCUGCUCCAUCCCUUUCACCAUCCAGGCCCUACCCCCUGCUCCAUCCCUGUCCCCAUCCAGGCCCCAGUCCCCACCCCCUGCUCCAUCCCUUCCCCAGGCCCUACCCCCUGCUCCAUCCAGUCCCCAGUCCCCACCCCCUGCUCCAUCCCUGUCCCCAGUCCAUACCCCAUGCUCCAUCCCAGUCCCCACCCAGUCCCCAACCAGUCCCCACCCCCUGCUCCAUCCCUGUCCCCACCCAGUCCCCAACCAGUCCCCACCCCCUGCUCCAUCCCUGUCCCCACCCAGUCCCCAGUCCCUACUCCAUGCUCCAUCCAGUCCCCAGUCCCCACCCCCUGCUCCAUCCCUGUCCCCACCCAUCCCUACCCCAUGCUCCAUCCCUGUCCCCAUCCAGUCCCUACCCCAUGCUCCAUCCCUGUCCCCAUCCAGUCCCCAGUCCAUACCCCCUUCCCCAUCCCUGUCCCCAUCCAGUCCCUACCCCCUGCUCCAUUCCUGUCCCCAUUCAGUCCCUACCCCCUGCUCCAUCCCUUCCAUACCCCAUGCUCCAUCCCAGUCCCCACCCAGUCCCCAACCAGUCCCCACCCCCUGCUCCAUCCCUGUCCCCACCCAGUCCCCAACCAGUCCCCACCCCCUGCUCCAUCCCUGUCCCCACCCAGUCCCCAGUCCCUACUCCAUGCUCCAUCCAGUCCCCAGUCCCUACCCCAUGCUCCAUCCCUGUCCCCAUCCAGUCCCCAGUCCAUACCCCCUUCCCCAUCCCUGUCCCCAUCCAGUCCCUACCCCCUGCUCCAUUCCUGUCCCCAUUCAGUCCCUACCCCCUGCUCCAUCCCUGUCCCCAUCCAGUCCCUACCCCCUGCUCCAUUCCUGUCCCCAUCCAGUCCCUACCCCAUGCUCCAUCCCUGUCCCCAUCCAGUCCCUACCCCCUGCUCCAUCCAGUCCCCAGUCCCCACCCCCUGCUCCAUCCCUGUCCCCAGUCCAUACCCCAUGCUCCAUCCCAGUCCCCACCCAGUCCCCAACCAGUCCCCACCCCCUGCUCCAUCCCUGUCCCCACCCAGUCCCCAACCAGUCCCCACCCCCUGCUCCAUCCCUGUCCCCACCCAGUCCCCAGUCCCUACUCCAUGCUCCAUCCAGUCCCCAGUCCCCACCCCCUGCUCCAUCCCUGUCCCCACCCAUCCCUACCCCAUGCUCCAUCCCUGUCCCCAUCCAGUCCCUACCCCAUGCUCCAUCCCUGUCCCCAUCCAGUCCCCAGUCCAUACCCCCUUCCCCAUCCCUGUCCCCAUCCAGUCCCUACCCCCUGCUCCAUUCCUGUCCCCAUUCAGUCCCUACCCCCUGCUCCAUCCCUGUCCCCAUCCAGUCCCUACCCCCUGCUCCAUUCCUGUCCCCAUCCAGUCCCUACCCCAUGCUCCAUCCCUGUCCCCAUCCAGUCCCUACCCCAUGCUCCAUCCCUGUCCCCAUCCAGUCCCCAGUCCAUACCCCUUCCCCAUCCCUGUCCCCAUCCAUCCCUACCCCCUGCUCCAUCCCUGUCCCAACCCAGCCAAGAGUAAUGCAUAA